AUGUCUUCUUCUUCAACUUCCCGUCCUGCUCCAACCCUCGACACUCUUCCAUUCCUUCCUGCGUCUCUUAUCAUCAACUACUUGGAUAUUGACUCCUUGUACUGUCUAGCUGACACAGCCAGUGUAUUUAAACAGUUCAUCGAGGAUCUGAAGAUUCGAACUGAUGGAUACAACAUAUCGAUCAGAAAGGGAGGAUAUGAGAUGAGUCUUCCGGCAGUCAACUACACUCACUAUUACUCGGAAAGGGAUACGGACUAUCUCAUCGAUUCGAUGCACCGAGACUACAAGGAUUUCAUGAGUCUUCUUCCGAGAAAUAUCGAUUUUUUGAGAGUUGACCCGAAUCUUGUCCAAGAAUUCCACCGUUUCCAUCAAGAGUGCACAGUUCUUUCAGUUGGUGGACAUCCCAUCGAGUACUACGGACAAAAAAUGGAAGAUUGCUCUUCGAAGGAUCUGGAUGUUCUGUUGAAUUCUGUCACUUUCAAGAAAGGACUCGCUUUGAAUGGACCGAAACCUCUGAUCACUGACAAUAAGAAGAUCUUUGAUAUCGAUUGGCUCAAGAUCAGAAAUGGCACUUGGAUUACAUCGGAGUUCCUUAAGAAGUUGAAGAACAAGAUUGUUUUCUUGAUGGAUACAGAUGCCCUGACUGAAGAACAAUUCAAUCAAUAUCUUAAAGAUUUGAAGAGCGGAUCAAUCGAUAAUCAGAAUCUUCAAGUGAUCGGAUUCAGUCGAGGAACUCAUUGGAAUAAAGAACAAGUUCUCAAUGGAUUGAACUCAGUAAAAGCUGUAGAUCAAAUCUACAAAGUGGCGGAUUUCGAUAAUAGAAUCCAAGCGGAGUUGUUCCUUCCGAAAGUGUCUAGCGAUGGAGAUAUCAAGAUUGAGGAAUCAUUCGAUUUCACUAGAGACAAUGGAGUGAAGGUCAGCGUGGAAUUCAGUGGAAAGACAGUUCGAAUCUACAUUUGGAAUCAAAAUCAGGAAAAGAAGGUUACCAAGAAAAGAGGACACCCAGAGGAUAUCAAUGGACCAGCUGCUAAGAAAUCUUGUUAA